AUGAGAACAUUUGUUCAUCAACUAUUUUCAAUGCUGAAUCAACCAGAUUAUAAAGAAUGGAUACAUUGGCUUAAUGAUGAAGAUUCGAUUUUUGUCAUUACUCCUUAUAAUCAAGAAUUUGGUGAUAAAGUCCUUAAGAAAUAUUUUAAACAUGGAAACUUCAGUAGCUUUGUUAGACAACUUCAUAUGUAUGGUUUUCAAAAAUUACCUAUUAAAAAUAAUGAUGAUAGUAAUGGUAAUGUUUCUAUUACUAGAGGAAACGAACUUAAUAAUAACGUUGAUAUAGAAUUCUUUAAUAAUGAUAAUCCAAUGUAUCAUAUACCUUCCAGACCCAAAAGAGGUUCGACUACUUGGCAUUUCACCCAUCCUUCUGGAUUUUUCCAUAGAAAUUCUGAUGUUGUGACAUUAAAUAGAAUUCAAAGAAAAUCAUCAACUGUAACUAAAAAUGGUAAAAAAAUUAAUAGAUUAUCGACAAUUAGUGUAUGUUACCUUAAUCGUGAUUAUUCAAAACCUGAAUUGAAAACUUUUCAAGAAGAUUUCAAACCGUCAUAUACAUCAAUUACACAUCCUUUGCCUAAAAUAGAAAAUUCCUCUACAGAAAAUAUAGAGAGUCAUCAAUUCCCAAAUGUGUUAUCACAAACAUCUACUUCACCAUUUGCAAACCUUCCAAAACUUCAAAAUAAGCAUCUAUUACCUAGACUCCCUCUUCAAGGUUCAUCCCAAAUGCCAACUCUAUUAACCCCAGCUUCUUCAAACGAGGAAAAUGAGAAAGAUAUAAAUUCCUUAGAGUAUUUCCAGAGAUUAGAUAGAAAGUGUACGAUUAUUUCAAAAGCAAUAUUAACUGUGUCAGAAGCUGUUCAGACACUUUUACGGAAUAACCUUCAAAACAAUCAACAUUUGCCUUCGAUGUCAGCAGAUUUUGAUAACUCAUUACUGACAUUAAAGGAAUUAGAAUUGGAAAUAAGUCGUGAAUUAAAUUUAACAGUAACUAAAGAAGCAUUACCAUCCUAUAACAAUUUGAAAAUAUCGACUAUUAUUGAAUCAAACUCAAAGCCAGAUGAGAUUUCAAAAUCUUCACCUUCUGAAGCUUCCGCUCUUAGAACUCUGGGUGUGAUUAGAUCAACAGCUCCUCUUGUUAAUAGAACGCCGGUUAGUUCAUAUCAAGACCCUUCUUUGAUUUCAUUAAGAAAUGGUCAAAAUACAAAUCCUUCACCAAUUGUACAAAAUUCUUAUUUUGAUCAUAACCCUAACAAGCUAUCAAACAGAUCAUAUCAACCAGAUCGACAAUAUAACAAUAUUUGA